AUGAUAUCGGCAUUCGGACAUAGACAUCUACCUAAGCCUUCGCAGACUGCAGGGAGACUGUUCCCCACUCUUUCUAUCUACGGUAACUUCUUACUCUCCUGGCAAAGAAUGGUGAAAUCGGAGCCUGAGUCGGAUGAUGUCGCUCGGAGGCGUAAAAAAAGGAAUGUGGGUACAUUUCCAUGCUCCAAAUGCCAAAAAGUGUUUUCCAGGUCCGAUCAUCUAGCUCGACAUUACUUGAAUCAUCAGCCCAAGGAAGUUUACGUUUGCAAUCACAUAAUUUCAAACCACAAGGGCGAAAAACGAACUUGUGGGAAGACGUUUGUACGCAAGGAUCUCCGUGAGCGCCACUUGAAAAGACACUUCCUUCUCCAAGAUAGCAAAAAACCCGAAGAUGAGUCAGAAAUACAUACGCAUACGACUCUUGAAACUGAUCAAUCCAAAACGCAGCUUCCGCUCGUGGGCAAUCCUGGCAAUUCAACAAGUGGAGAUUCUAACUCAAGUGCUUUUAUGCAACCUCAGUUUCCAAUGGCCCACAACUCACCAUCUCCUGUGCAUCCCGUUCCGCCAUAUCAACAAGCCCAAAACGAACAAAGUCAAAACCAACCCGUUCAGAACGCACCAACCCAAAAUUUACAAAGCACGAACACAAGUGGCUUCAAUAAUGCGCCACAUCUUCCACACCAACUUUCACACCAACUUCCACAUCAGCUUUCCCAUCAACUUCCACAAGUAGGACCCCAAGGAAUCCCCCCUCAUAACGGAUAUUACCAAAGCCCAAUGCAAAACCAUUACGCUCAAGGUAGCCAUCAAAUCACAGAUUCCCAAGAUCACACAUCUACAAAGUUCCAGGCUCCAGACUUUCCUUUAGCGAACAAUCGCACAUAUCGCCCUUUUCCAAAUUGGCGUCCAGACCCAUUUCCUUCUUAUUAUGGCAUGCAAAGCCCGCCAAAUAACAAUCAAGAAAUCAAUAGAGGCACAAAUGGAGCUUUCCCUCAAUCUCAAAAUGAUAUUCUCUCGUGGUUAUUUACGGACUCUUCCCCAGAAGUCUCUGAAAGAAAUCAUUUUUCACGGCCUUAUGCAUAUUUGGAAUCUUCAAGACCUGCUCAAAGCCCCAUUUUGCCCUCACACAGAGAAAUGCCACCUCAAAGUUUACCUAGUGAUGAUGAUGUCGGCUCGUCUCUACUGUACUUCCACAAUCCUGGGCCUGACUCAUUACAUACGUUGGGCUUACAAGACCUAAAUUUUUUCUCCAACAACGACAAUCCGUUGGAUUUAGCUCUUUUGGGCCCCAAUGCAGAGAACUCAGCGACACAUGGCUUCGAGAGAAACAUAAGUAUGGGUUUCAACUUUAAUACUUCGACUGGCUCGUCUAAUUCUCCAUCCAAUACGAAUGAGUCACUGACGCCUAAAACAAUUGGAGAGAGUUCUAUUCCAGAAGUUGAUGCAAAAUCCUUAGCGGAGAGAUUGGAGACACAUCAAAACAAAAGAAACAUACCACAGUAUCCACAGAUUUACGUUGAUAAGAGCAUUUUUGACCGCAUGAUUGCACCUCUCCCUCAGCUAUCCCGCGAAUCUAUUGCAGAGGUACUAAAAUUAAGGAGUGAUAAAGUAGCAGUUGAAGAUAUUAUUUCUUUUUACCUAUAUGGCUACUGGGAAUCCUUCAAUACCUCCUUCUCUAUUAUUCACAGAGUUUCUUUCGAUACUAAGUCUAACCAACCACUAUUAAUUCUUGCAAUGGUUCUCAUAGGAUGCAUGUACUACCCAGGCACAGUGGAUGAUGAUGAUGACCAAGAGGUAAAAAUGUCUCCUGAAUACAAGCUAGCUUCGAUGAUAGCUAAACCUCUUAGAUAUGCGUUGUUUCAACAUGAGGAUUUCAAAUCCCCUGUAAAAGUGUGGAUUCUUCAGUCUUUGAAUUUACUAGAAUGGUGUGAGAAAAAUUAUCUUUCCAGAGAAAUGCACGAGCGUGCACACAUCCAUCAUGGUACUACGGUACAAUUACUACGCAGAUCACCAUUUUUGGGCGGAAAUCCAACUGUUACAAAUAAGGCAGCAGCUUCGACAAGUGAUACUGGAGAAGAAGAAACUUCGGACGGUAACAGUGAUGUCGAGGAGGCAAGCAACGCUGAUUACGUGCUUUUUCAAAAGUGGAUUGAAUCAGAGUCUAUGAAACGAAUUACUUUUAUGACUUUUUAUGUUGACAUAGUCGAUUACAUAAAGUUUCGGCAUAACCCACAAAUUCCAUUCUAUCAAUUGCAACUUCUUAAUCUACCGUGUUACGAGGAACAACUAUGGAAUUCAGAAGAGGUGAAUGGAUCCUUCCGGAAGCUAGUUAAGAGACAGAAAAAGCUCCUGCGACCAAAUCACGAUAUGCGGUCUAUGAAGAAUGGGAAUCGGAUCAAACCUGGUAUGAAUUUCCUCACUGCGAUCAAAGCCAUAAUGAGAUCUCAAAAUUUAAAGAAUGGAAGCCACAAGCUUCCUGUUUUCAUCAAAAGUAUUUUGUUUGGUGGCUUGGUCUCAAUAAUGCAUGAAAUGCAACAGGUGGAGCUUCAAAGUAAAUUCACAAUGCUUAUGGCAAACGACAGACUUGACAAAGGUUCGAAUCAGUCUUGGAAAGAACUCCUAACGAAAGUCUUUGAUGAUUGGGAUAUGGGCCAUCAAUCGGUUCACGAGCACUUAUUCGAUGAUCUGAUAUUCCAAGGCUCAUUAAACCAGUGCUCUUUCCCCAUGUAUCAUUUGGUACAAAUCAUUGGGUUUUCAGAUAUUAAUCACUAUGACAUUGCCAUCUUUGGAGGCUCCCCACGAAAUAUGAGUGUCGAUGCUUCGGCCAAGGACUUGAAGAUUGUACAGAAAAAACUUCUUUCAAUUUGGACCAAAGAUACCAAAAUAAGGUCUGUUGACGAGUUGAUCAAUACUAAAAGUGUGAUACACAGCUAUUGGAUACAUUGGGAACUCAUGCUAGCUCCAUUAAACGAAAAUGGCGAGUGCAUUUCGAAUCACUUUGCAUACAACUGGAACACUGGACACAGCUCGUUGGAAAUGUUAUAUGUUGUUAGUAUAGCUACCCUCGUUUUAUGGUGUUACGUGUUUUCUUUAAAUGGCGCUGAGUCUAACUCCUUUGCAGAACUAGAAGGAAACAUACUGUUGGAAGAAUUAAGAAACUAUAAAAAACUCGCAUCUUUUGCUGCUGAAGAUGGAUACCACUAUCUUUACCGCAUCCAGAAUGAGUUCAUUGCAUCUCUUAAAGAGCUUGGAUUACUUGAAGGUUACGUUCUCCAUAGUCGGAGCAGGAAAGCAUCAUCAGUUCCACUUCAUACUGUGGUGGGGAAGUAUUGCGAGUUACUUCCAUCCAUCAAUCUCAAACAAAAUAUCAGCGGUCUCUGUUUUUUGGUUGGAACGAAGCUCAGGAAAAGUCAAUGGCAGAUUAUUCGGGAAAAUGCCAAAUUGAUUAUCAACUGCGGUUUACGUUCUGUUGGUAAAAAAGUAGUACAUUGUCCCGACCUUUUUGAUAAUGAAUUCGAAUAG